UAGAUAGGCAUGGGUAGGAGGCAAUAUUAUUCCAUGACAAAACAAUGGAUAAGAGAGACACAGUGCUCUGCAAAUAAUACAGGACUUCAUUGACACCACUAUCCCACUGGGUCAGGACAGAGAAGGAUCUACACUACUUCACCUCAUCUACUAGAAGUUUUGGCACAAUCAAUUGACCCAUUUGGUCACCGUACCAAUUAUUAGACAGGGAUAUCUGACCUACUUGGAUUACUCAAACUCAAAGCAAUUUUCCACCUCGAUCUACAUGCUUCACAACCUUCUAUAGACUGAAGAGAUCUGAACCAUGCAGACUGGUGUUACCGUCCUCUCCUGUGCCCUGCUACUCCUGUGGAGCCAGACCCUGACCCAGGCCUGCCAGGGGGACGAGCUGCCUCGUGACGUGGUGUUAGACUGGUUCAAACAGCGCCUCCUGGAUGGGUUAGGGCUGGAGCAGCCCCCCGAGCCCAGCCACCAGGCCCCUGACGGGGGCAGAGAGAGAGCAGAGGCGGGGCGAGGUCACCGGAGGUCCACCAGGGCAGGGAGGGCAGCCUGGGCACAGGACCACAGGAGGCAUCACCAGGAGAGCCAUGAGCAAGUCAUCCUCUUCCCCAGCUCUGACUCUACCUGUGAUAGCUCAGACUCCCCAUCAGAGGAGAGAGCCACCAGCCACUUCACCUACUACUUCCAAUCCUCCCUCGACAACCAGGAGUCUGCCAUCACCUCAGCCCAUUUCUGGUUUUAUGCCGGCGAGGGGGCCAGCAGGAACAUCACCCCUCUCUUCCUCCUCACUUCAGACCAGCAGCUCCUCCAGGUGGCAGAGUUUCCAGCCAAGACCACCGCUGAUGGCUGGACCACCUACCACUUCGAGCACCACCUCCUCACCGCCUUGACCCAAGGCCCCUUCGUUCUCCAGGUGCGUUGCCCCGCCUGCGAAUGCCAUGCAAACAAAGCCGACAAAAUGCCAUUCCUCCACCUGCACACCCGACCUCACGACCCAGACCGCUCCCCACGGCGAGCGGCCGCCACCAUUCCCUGGUUCCCAUCGUCCAUCGACCUCCUGAUGCGGCCAUCACAGCAGAAGCCAGAGUACAGUGACUGUCAGCGGGAGAUGAUCAACAUCUCGUUCCAGGAGCUGGGCUGGGACAACUGGAUCGUUCACCCGAAGGUUCUCAACUUCUACUACUGUCAUGGCACCUGCUCGGCUUUGGACCGCACCACUGCUAUGCUGGGGAUCAAACAGUGCUGCGCUCCGGUCCCCGGGACCAUGAGGUCACUACGGUUUACCACUACGUCUGACGGAGGGUACUCCUUUAAAUACGAGACCCUGCCCAACAUCAUACCAGAGGAGUGCACCUGUAUCUAGGCCUAAAACCUCUUGAGAUGGGCUCCGUUUUUCCAAGUAGGAUUAAUAGUUAUGCUGGUGUAAUCUAGGCCAGGGCAACUGUCUUCAGAGAACACCUAGGCUAGACCUAUAACUGAUAGGUCUGUAUUUGUUAUGCACCAAUAUUAAUAGAGCAAAAUAAAGUUUGUUAUUGAUACAGCUACACAAGAUGCAUUUUUAAUCAAAAUAAUUUAAGAAACUGAAAUGGGUGUAGUGUGCUCUUCCUUCUUGCCACAAGAGGGCAAUGCAGACUCAGAUGGUGUUUUAAAAGUACCGAGGUCUACAGUGAAGUAAUCAUUCCAAAACAAAGACAUUGCAAAGUCAUUCUGUUCAAAUAUAUUUAUUCAUGUAUUUCUAUGAAACUAAACUCUACAGUUACAAAAACUACAAAACAAUGUAACAAAAAUACUACAAAUAUUGAAGAAAAAAAAUAGAACAAUAUUUUUGUACCGAAUUUAAAAAAUGAAAUCAACACAGCGCACGACAUGAUCGUUUCCAGCUCAACCAUUUCAAAGAACCAUCACAUUGUGACAGAUAAGCAAAUGUUGGUGCAGUUGCCUCCUUGGAAUUCCAGUACAAACAUAAAAAAGUUUAAACAACUCACCGACUAGCAUGAACAAAAGGAACCAGGACAGGAGCAAAAUGACAGGUACAGGAGGACUACAGGAGUGUUUCAACAGCAUGGAAGAACAUUUAUAGUCACAGGAUUCAAGCAUUUCCCAGGUAUUUAUCACAUU